AUGGAAAAAAGCUUAUCUAGAAGUAGUUCAAAAAAAAAUACUGAAAGGACUUAUUCAUCAAAGGAUGUGGCCCCCAAAAAAAACGUGACAAUAAAGGACGAUUUUGAAAUGAACGAGAAUGAACUCGACCUAAAAGAGAAAUAUGAUGGCUUAACGGAUGCGGAAGAUGAAAAACUAAUAAAACAACUUUCUCGGAAAGAGAAUUCUAUUAAAAAGAUGAAUAAUACAGACUUAGGUAGCAAGUCUGAAAAGUCAUAUUCAAUUAAUAGUCGGCAGGUUGAAUCCGAAUUUGAAAGCGAGGAUUCAUAUUCGAGUAGUGAAAGCCUCUCUGAUAAAACUAGUGAAAGCUCUGAUAUGUUUAGUGAUGAUAACUUAUAUAAUAACAGACAAUCUCUCGAAAAGUUUGACAUUAGGGAGUUACAGCCAAUGGAAACACUUUCAUGGUUGAAAAAACACGGAUUAAACAAGAUGGCGUUCAUUAUAUCCAAAGAAAGAGAAAACAAACUAGUUGAAAAGGUUCGAGAUGAAGCGAUUAUGAAUCUUUAUAAUUCUAACACAACACAAUUUGAACAAGGAUAUAUAAAAAAUCUUUUUUUGUUGUCAUUAGAUAACACAAAAAAUAAGGUAGAAUUUGAAAAUAUAUUAAGCCAACCUAAACAAGAAAACGACAAAAAAGAUUUACAAAUCAAUGAUAUAAUUGAACCUAUAAAUGAAAAUAAAUAUCCUUUUACACCUGAUGUAAGUGAUAAUAUGGCCAGAAGAAGGUAUAUUAAACCCAAAUUGGUUAAUAGAUUGGAAGUUACUGAGGAAGGGAUUUCAGGUGAAAAUGCUCUUGCAUUCCAGAAAUAUAUUAGAGACCUUCAGGAGGAAGUAAAAAUGAAGGAUGAAAAGCUAAAAUUAAGAGAAAUGGAAAGAGAUAACGCAAGACUUACACGUGACCAAUUAACCAGAGCCGUAAAAUCGUCUCUUGAAAUUGGUAGUGGUGCUGGGAAAUUAGACAAUUUAUUUAAAGAUGUAAUUAGGAGAAAUCAAUCAUAUGUUUUCCGACUACUACGAUAUCAGGCAAGGAUGGAAUUGAAGGGAAGAUUAGGCUCCGAAAUUUUUGCUGGUGCCUCCCUUAUCAAACACAUAAUUUUGAAAAGAAUUAAGUAUGGAUUUUCACAAUUAUCAAAAAAUGCAAUGUUAAAGAAAGAUGAAAUGUUUUGGAAAAAAGAUGUUGUUAAUAACGAAGAUGUUGCUACAAAUAUUAUUUCAAUGUUUAAAAAUAUACUUUCUUGUUACAAACUGGCAUGCAUUGUGCAACAUAAUCACAUAUCUGCGAUUAAGAAAUUCCUUUAUAUUUGGAGCAAAUGCUCAAAUCUUAAGAAUGAGAUGACAAAUGGAUCAUCUAAAUUAGGGGCUUUUUCUCGAAUAAAUGGAAAUAGCACAUUACGUGAGUUAAAGAUAGCUGCAGAUACGAAAUCUAAGCUCUUGUCUAAAAUAGAUAAAGAUAGAUUAAAUAAAGCAAAAAAAGGCUUUUUCUCUGAAGAUAAUAUCACUAAAAUUAAAAGCGACACUAACAUUUUGGGUGAAGAUCUUAACAAUAGAGAAAUUCUUAAUAACAUCAAUAAUACUCUGAGUUUUAUUCCUGAUGAGAAACUUAACCACUUAACAAUGUUAAUAAAUAAGACUCAAGAACAAAAAAAUAUUGAUAAAUUUAGGAACUUAGCGCUUUCGCAUCUUGCAAAUGUUAUUAAAUUGUCUUGUGAGGUAAAAAAUUCCAAAGAGUCUACAUGCAAUGAUACAAUUAACAAGAUAACAAAUUUAAAUUCAGAUUACAGAAGUAAGUUGCUUUCUUCUUUUGAAAAUUUAAUCUUUAAAAAGGAGCAACUUGAUAUUAUUAAGGAGAUAAAAGAUCAUGCAAAUGAUAAAUUUAAGCAGCCAAUAAAUGCUCCUGAUUGGAUACAAGAAAAACACUCAAAACUUCUGGAAGAUUUUUAUUCGAAUCCAUUCUAUCCUAUCUUUGUAAAUGAAUACAAUAAACGCAUCUUUAUGGACUAUAAAGAAAGUAGUGAGGAAAGUGAAAGUAGCGAAGAAUAUGAACCAGAAGUUGAUGAAUACGAAACGGAAAGCGAAUAUGAUGUAUAUUAUUAUUCAAAGGAAGGACCUGAAUCAAAACCUUUUGCCGUUCAAAAACAGUUAAGUAGCGAAAUUCAUAUUGAUCCAGAAAAGCUUGAUUUAGAAGUUUCCAAAACUGAUAACGUAUAUAUAUGUGACGAAGCAGAUCAAUUUGAAACAGUAUAUUAUUAUGAUGAAAAUUAUUUUAGAAAUGCAGAUUUUGAUUCGGAUGGUAAUCAGAUAAUUUAUGUUGAUCAGUCAAAUAACAUAAUACAAUAUCCUUACCAAGUGGAAAAUGUUCAGGGGGAAACGGAAAUAGCAUAUGAAGAAGUCACAGGCAACCUAGAAAAUGGGGUCAUUGAAGAGGGAAAUGAAUUUGUAAAUGACACAGAAAUAACUGAAUUACAACCGCCCAAUGAAGAUUGCCCAGAAAGUGUCAAUAAUGACAAAUUUGAAAUCGAAGAUUAUGACGAUACAAAAGAGGAGACAAAUGAAGAAGAAAUAACUCCAAAUUCAACAGUAGUUGAACCAGAAGCCACACAGUUAUAA